CAACAUUUUCGAGGUAUGUGUGAUCUCUUCGGCCCAAUCUGGAUCGCUGCGGUGAUGGUCAAAUCCAAUGACAUCGUGAGGGCACAAACUGCUUUAGAGGGGGGGCGAAAAGUAUACGUGCUUGCUGGGAUCACGCUGGCCUUCAUAAUUCAUGUAUACGGAGUGUACUGGUGGCACAGGAACGAUGAUCUUCUAUACCCGCUGGUCAUGAUUUCCCCAAAAGGAACUCUGGCCUUUUGGCGUGCCUUGUUCAUCAUCCUGGUCAAUGACACGAUGGUGCGACAAGUUGCCAUGGCUGUGAAGUGUAUGGUCUUGAUGCGUUACACAAGCAGUAGAAGCAACGAUCAUCGUAUGCAGGGGAAGAUAUUGACGGUCGUCGAGUACUUCCUACUGCUGUAUCGGUUUUGGUUGCCAUCUCCCGUUUGGUAUCGGUUCUUCCUGAACAAGGACCAUGAAAUCAGCUUUUCAUACCUCAUCGCUGGGCUCUACCUCAUCUUCAAGCUGGCAUCGGCUUCAGAGAAAGUUCAGCUAUUCUUUGCUGCGUUGAAGGCACUAUCAAGAAGCGAAGGAGACGAUGGGGGGUCGUAUGCGACAACCGAACAGGUAAACGAAGCCGGUGAUCUUUGUGCCAUUUGCCUCGACAGAAUGCGUGCUCCCGUCGUGCUUCACUGCGAACACGUAUUCUGCGAAGACUGCAUCUUUCAAUGGUUUGAGAGAGAACGAACGUGCCCCAUUUGCAGGGCACAGAUUAGACGACCGGCAGCCCUCCGAUCGUACGCGGAUGGCUCCACAAGCUUGCUCUAUCAGCUGUUCUAA